AUGUGCUCCCGCGAAAGCAAAUACCAAGGCUCCAUUUUCGACCCCACCAUCUCCGUCCUCACUACCCUCAUUACCGCAAAUCGGACACUCAGCUCUAGCGUUGAAUCCAGUAUUACCCGCUUGCGUAGUCUCAUCCCCGUACUACACACUACCCCACGCUACUCCACCAUCGGAGAAGCUACUUGUAUUGAGGCCAUCGCCAUCACCGAAGCCGCUCUCGCGAGUCUAACCCAAUACACCACAUUCUACGCCCCGCUCUUCGAUGCCUCUGACCCCAUCACUAUCAUUCGGCAGACAGGCGUUGUGUUUGCAGGAGAUGCAAGUAAUGGUGGCGGAGUCACGGCAGCAGAUGAGGCGAACAUAAGGAAGGUCAUCUCGACGAUGAAGGUGGUAGUGGAAUACCAUGGGGACCAGAUCAGGGGAUUAGAAAGUUUGUUUCGGGAUAGGUUGGACUGGAUACAGCUGCAGAGGCGUUUGGAGGGAGAGAAGGAUGAGAUUUUAUUGGCUAGAAGGGGGCAAAAGAGGACAUUAGGGUGGGAGGAAGUUGAGGAGAUGUUGGACGGGGAUGCGCUAGUGAGAAGGCAUGAUGAGGCGGACGAGGAGGUCGAUUAG